CGCACACGCACGCUGUGGUCGGCGGGCAUGGCUGGCAGUCGCAUAUACAAGUUGGGCUCCAUCUUCACGAGGUGCGAGUAAACCCUUGCGACUGAUGUUAGAGGAAAGAGGCUAUUGUUUGACUUGCAGCCAAGUUUAUAAUGAUCCCACCUCAUGCGCAAGGGGUGGAGGGCCUGUUGAAGGCUGGUGGCAUGAUGCCUUCAGAAGAACCACGCUGGCUGGAUGUGUACCGUGCCUUGCCGCCGAUCGAGGAGCCCAGCUUCUACAGGACGGCCAGGGGCGAUGUGCGACCAGUCUUCUACCCGGAGGAUGUGGCCCGCAUGCAGUUCUACCAGCAGCAUCCCAAUGCUACUGUGGACCUGCAGGACACAAGAAGUGUGCCACCUUGCCGGCGGUUUCUGAAGGAGCAGCCACCGCUUGGACAGCAUGCCCUCGGAAGGUUGAGGUCGUCUCCCUGAGCAGCAGCACGGCAGAACAUGGUGAUAAAUGUGUUCCACGUAGAGAACGCAUUGUCAUGCCAUUAAUUUUGUUUUGUUGUGGCCGAGCCCAAACGCGAUUUUUGGGACAGUGUCCCUGUGUUUGUUGACCGGUUAUCUGUGCGGAGGAGUUUUUAGCCAUUGAUCGCUGCAGCCACGACGGUUUCUUUUUUACUUUGAAGGCAAUAAACUAGGUUAUGGAAUUGACGUGCUCUGUACAGUGCAACCAGAAAUCGUUGUUGGUGCUCUUAAAAACGGCCAGUCUAUGCCAUAAAAGUCUACUAGGGGUUUUGGCAAGCCAUGCCCCUUCAUGUACAUGAAGUCUCAAUAAAAGGUGAUUUUAUAUGUUGUG